UGGCUGCUCGCGGUUCACGAACACAAGAUACGUUUCUUGUGCUAUCCGUGGCACUACCAUGGACAUAGCAUAGGGCGCUAUCCCCACACCACACCAUAUAUAAGAAGAUUGUUGACAUCAUUGGAAAAAGGAGAUGGCGGCGACCACAGCAGUAGAAACAAAUAUGGACAAACCGAUAGAUUAUGAAUUAAAUCCCGGUUAUACAACCACCAAACAUAGCGAAUCAGUUUCGGUGGAUCUGCUAGAUUCCGUGGAACUACAGGAGUAUGUCGUAGAUUUCCUAGAGAAAGAGGUUGGAAGCGACCUGAAAUCAUUGAAGACUGUUGGCGACCUGUUGGGAAAAUUAAGAGAGGAAAACAACGUACUAGAGAAACAGGUUCUGACUGAAUCGAGUUCUGUGCCUCCUAAAGUUUCUGCAGCUCUGUCCACUGCUGAAGAGGCUAGAUGUUCUUUGGAUGACCUGCUGCAGAGAGAGCAACAUAUCUCCAACAUGCUGCAUCAGCACCUACAGGGGGCCCAUGCUUGGAUGGAUAAUCUUGGCCAGACACUUAACCAAGUCAACACUAUAGAGAAACAUAUGAAAUACCUGCAGUGCCUACAACAUAUAGAGGAACUCAGCGCUGCAGUCCAGCAGUGUCUAAUGACCAGCAGUGUCUGGGAGGCCAUAAGGGCAGUAGACAGCAUGGCUAUGCUGGACACUGGACUAAACCAGUCUGGAUGUUCUCACCUCCAGGAAUUCCUCCAAGAAACCCUUCAUUUCUGGCACAAGAUCAUCAAAGACAGACUGGCCAGUGAAUUUGAGAAAGUGUUGACUCAACUGCAUUGGCCGAUCAUCUCCCCUCCUACCCAGUCACUGACACCCACUGUCAAUUCUCAUGAGAUCACCAGCCAGCUGGAACUGCUAGUCAUACAGCUGCUGGCCCUGCAGUCCUCUGAUGACCUCAUAUCUCAGAGAGUGUUGGCCUGCAGUCAAAGUGGACCAUCUACCCAGCCUGUUUCUUCAGGGACACGUUUGUCCCAAGCUCCUCCACUCUGCCUGCCCAUCCAGAUUAUGCUGCUGCCACUUGGCAGGAGGUUCCGAUACCACUUCUAUGGGAAUCGACAGACCAACUCCCUCAGCAAGCCGGAGUGGUACCUCACACAGGUUCUGAUGUGGAUGGGGAACAACUCAACCUUUAUGGAGGAGAAGAUACAACCCAUCCUGGAUCAAGCUGGGGUCACCAUUCGUGCCAGGGUGGAGCUAUGUCGAGGUCUAUUGUCUCUUGUCCAGGAGAAGGUGGCCAGGGAUGCCUCUAAGCUGCUGUAUGAUGAUGCACUUUUCUGUCACUUGGUUGAGGAAGUACUGCAGUUUGAGAAGGAGCUGCGAAGUAACCAGUCAUACCCAGCUGUGCUACCUGGAUUGCUUAAUCUCCUGCUUGAGGAAACAACCCUUCAGAAGUGGCUCUCUGUGGAAAAGAAGAUGGCAGUGGAGAAGGUGGAUUCCAUGCUGUCAUCGGAGGGGGCAUGGAGCUCGCAAUACAAAGAUAUCAGUGAUAUGGAUGAGCUGAAGGCUCCAGAUUGUGCUGAGACUUUCAUGACUCUGCUGCAGGUCAUCACUGAGCGCUACCGGGCCUUGCCCUGCCCUUCUGCACAACUGAAAUUUCUGGAGCUACAGAGAGAACUGGUGGAUGACUUCCGUAUACGACUCACCCAGGUGAUGAAAGAGGAGUCUCGUUGCCCACUUGGUGCUCGUUAUUGUGCCAUCCUUAAUGCUGUCAACUACAUUUCCACCAUCCUGGGAGACUGGGGAGACAAUGUGUUUUUCUUACAACUGCAGCAGGCAGCAGUUUCACUUGGUGAGGAAGUGGUACUAGGAGGCCUGGGUGUGACGGAGGUGGGCCGUCUAGCUUCUCUGGAGGGUUCGCUAUUUGAAGGUCUUUUGGCGUUACUGGAGCGACUGAAAGGAGACAUGAUUGGAAGACUUCUGGAUGGGAUUAUGAGAGAAGUCACAGAAAAAGCCAAACCAUAUCGCCAAGACAGGUGGUUUUCUCUACCAUCCCUACAGGACCAGACUGCCAUGUCCUUGUCUAGUUCAGCAUGUCCCAUGAUGCUUUGUGUGAGGGACAGAUUGUUGAACCUUCAUCAGAUCCUAAGUCUUUCUCUGUUCCAGCAGGCUUGGCAGGCCUUUGCCGAGAGACUUGACAAUUUUCUCUACCAGGAUGUGAUCCUGUCUAAUCAUUUUAGUGAUGGCGGGGCGACUCAGCUUCAGUUUGACAUGACCAGAAACCUAUUUCCUCUGUUUGGUCACUACUGCAAAAGACCUGAAAAUUUCUUUAAACAUGUUAAGGAGGCGUGUAUCAUCUUAUGUCUUAAUGUGGGCUCCGCGAUUCUACUAAGGAAUUUCCUUAAAGAGUCAGAAGAAGAGAUGAGAGAUUGGGCAGGAGGGGGUGAUCCUCCACCAGAAUAUGCAUUGAAUGAGUUGGGGGUUUACUGCUUGGCACCCUGCGACGUGUUGAUUCUCCUCAACCUCAGAGCCUCCUGGCCAGGACAGUAAAAUCUCCUGUGGAUAAUAUGUGUAAGUGUAGAGAGUACACCGGAUUUAAAUCAAGUCAGUUGAGAUCAACAAUACGGCUUGACAAUGUUUUGUUUUUUGUUACAUUUUGGAAUCAGCAUUCAUCUUUUUAAGUUGAUUAUAUUGAACUGUCAUUGCAAUAAUUUUGUCAUUAUUGUGUUGAAAAUGUUUUUUGGUACAUAACACUGUCACCUCAGUUGAAUAAUUUAUACCACACAUUGUCUGGUCGCUUGUGUAAUAAAUCUAGCUGCAAUUUUCUCACCUUAAUGGUUUUAUUUGUUUGAUUUGUGUGUUUAUAUGCCUCUUUGUGUGUAAAGGUUCAAGGCUUUCGAAAAAUGUUACAUUUAUCUUUACAUUUAGUCAUUCACAGUGCUACUCACUGUGAACUGUGUAUCCCUGACUAAAAAAAUGUUGAAUGCAUUUCCUCAUAAAACAUUUGCAAAGACAUUCGGGUAAAAGUUUGAUGCCAGCAUUGUUUAUUUUAUAUUCAUGUUAACUUGGAACCAGUCUUCUUUACUGCUUGUGGUGGCUUAUUGCUAUGUUUCCUGACUUUACUUUGAAGCUGAUGUUGAUCCAUGAUCAUUGAAUUAUAAGUGUAUAAAUUCAGUUCUCAGAUACCUUUAACAUUAGCUCC